GUGGGGCCUGCAGAGGAACAUGAAAUGUUUCUGUAGGACCACCAGCGUUCAAAUCUCCUACGAGUCGUUUCAAGCUGCUCCUAUUUGUAUCUGUGGACUCAUCUGCAGUGUAGCCCAUCACUCAGCCCAUGUAAAGGAUGGUAGGAGAGAAGCUGUUGUCACCCAUGAUGCUAAUGUCUGUGCUGAGUUUACUGACCUUACAGACAUCUAUUGGACAGCAGUUGGCCGAGGACUCCUGCACCGUUCAGAUCUUGGUUCCUGGACUUAAAGGAGAACCAGGGGAGAAAGGACAAAAAGGAGCACCAGGGCGACCGGGAAGAGUUGGACCUGCUGGAGAAACUGGUCAGCCUGGCUUUAAAGGUCAGAAAGGCAUUAUGGGACGUUAUGGAAAAGUAGGCCCAAGUGGAAUGAAAGGGGUGAAGGGUGACUUAGGGGAUCCAGGUCCAAGGGGGCCUACUGGAGAUCCGGGUGUUCCGUGCGAGUGCACACCAAUGAGGAAGAUGAUUGGGGAAAUGGACAUUCUUGUGGCCCAGCUCUCGUCUGAACUGAAAUUCAUAAAAAAUGCACUGCCCUCCCCUGCAGCUGUUGCUGGCAUAAAAGAGACAGACAGUAAGGUGUAUCUGUUGGUGAAGGAGGAGAAACGCUACGCCGAUGCUGAGCUCUACUGUCAGACACGGGGAGGGCACCUGGCCAUGCCCAAGGAUGAGGGAGCCAACGCUGCCAUCGCUGGGUACAUAACAGAAGCAGGUCUGAACAGAGUCUACAUCGGGAUCGAUGACCGGCAACGUGAGGGCGUGUUCACCUAUGCUGAUCUCUCUCCCAUGACCACUUUCAGCAAAUGGAGGAGAGGAGAGCCAAAUAACGCCUAUGAUGAUGAGGACUGUGCUGAGAUGGUGGCUUCUGGGGAGUGGACAGAUGUGGCGUGCAGCCCUACCAUGUAUUUUGUGUGUGAGUUUGACAAGGACAGUCUCUGAAUAUAUGCUGAAAAAAACAAAAAUCUUACAAAAAUCUAUGGGUUAUAUCUGUUCUCUGUAUAUAAUAUGAAAAAUGACAUGCAAGUUGUGCAAACACGUGUACUUCUUGCUUUCCUUUUUUACUAUAAGCUAUUUAUUUUCAUAGCUAACAUCAUAUCCAGUUUUUGCUCUUUAAUAAAUGCUGUUUAUUCUGAGUGCACACUGAGUGUCAUAUUCUGCCAAUUAUUAGUGUUUCAAACAGAAUACCAGCUAAUGUAUUGGGUUGUUGUUAUGCAAACUGUCCACUGAGCAUUGUGUGCAGCAGUGCCAUCAAUAAAGAAAACAAAUAAGCCUGUAAUCUCUGUAUACAAUAUAAAACCACAGACAGAUUUUGGUUCCACUUUGGUGCAGCUAAGUACAGAAUCUGAAUACAUUAAAUAUUCAUGGUUGUAACAUAAGUUGUGCCCAUUGUUGUUAAAAAAAAAAAAAAAAAGUAAA